UGUCCUUGCUCCUUCAUUGCAGAGCAGGGUGGUUUGUGUGGCUGCUGCAAGAAAACAUGCUGGGUGUCUAAGGGGAAGCAGCAAGCAAGGAGAGAGGUUCAGCUUGGGUCAAACAGCUCCACAUGUUGGGCAGUAGGUCAUCAUUAUCAAGCUGAUGCACUUCCAGGUUGCUGUUUUGUUUACUCCCAGUAUCAUUAAAUGUUCAUUUCUGAUAGUGUUUUCAGUGGCAUGGAGUUACAAGGAGAGGUUAAAAAACAUGUUUGUCACCAGGGCAUGCAGCUCUUCCCAGGCAGUGCAGCACAGUGAAGCCAGAAGCUCCUGCAUGCCUGUCUUUUUCUUUGGGGACACAAGUGGAAGCGAAGGACAGAGGCCCCCUCACCACAUGAUUAUUCUGCUCAGGUUUAUUUUCAACUAGGGAACAUGUUCACAUUGUGCAGUGAAAUGUAGGAGACAACUGGGUCAGUCUGCCCUGCAGCAAGAGACAGCUCUCAUGGCCUUUGCAGACCAAAUGUGUGGGAUUACUGUGGAGUAUGUCUCAUUACACCUUGCUUCUGCUCCAACUUUCAGUCUUACUGUUUAGUGUGGUUUUGGUGCCACUGCCAAAAUUCUCUUCAUCUUGCAAUUCCUUGAUGAGAGCUUUUUCCCUGUAACAGGUACUUAGAGAACAAACCAGAGCAAGAGAGACCUCCCAUUAUGCAGUGCAAAUCAAACUGAGUGUUAAAUGCAUGGAGUCACCCACUUUGAAGGAAUGAAGAGCGGGUUCUGAGUGGCAUACAAGCACGUACAGCACCUGUUAGGGCAUUUGAGUUGAUACUUUCAUGUAUUUUCAUUACAUGUUACUUAAUAACUUGUAAAAAGCAAUAUCAUUGGAUGAGACUCUAGCACAAUUUAAGUUACAGUUUUGUGAGAAUAUUACAGUCUGAGGAGAAGGAAAAAUGAUGUCUUGAGAGGUCAGUCAGGGUGAGAGCUGUCCCAGAAUUAAAUCCAUUGCUGUUCCAGAACUGCAAAAGUGUUUAAAGAUGAGUGCCUUUGUGGCAGUAUCUGCACUGAGACUAUCCAAGAGUCCAUUCCUUGCUCUUCAUUCUGAACUCCAGCAUUACAUUCUGCCCUUUCCACUGGAGCUUAGCACAGCAGACUGAAGCCUUCAUCCAUGUGCUCUGGACAGAUGAGGUGCUGAGGAGUAAAUACACUGAAAUUCUUCCUAGUUGUCCUAAGUGCAGCUCCUGCUCAGCAGUGGGAUAGAUGGGACUUGAGGGUUUGUCGCCCAUGUGCUGCUGCUAGUGAGGUGAGAAGGCUUGGUGUGCUGCUUCCUGCUCUUGUGGGCUGGGGUGGGUGGGAGCACUUCCUUCUUUGCAACAAAGGAACCAGAGGCACUCCAUGCAGAGCCAAGGGAUUGGCUCUUGUGAAAGGGUAGCUUUGAUGGAGGUGUUUGCAAAUAUCCAGUAGCUGGUGAAAGCCUGGCCUGUGCUCUAGCCUGUCCUGGUGGGUCUGACGGCAUCUCAGUCCAGUACUGAAGGUUGGAGGGAGAGUCAGUAGUUUCUCAUAGUAUGGGGGUUGUUCCAGGAGAGGAGUAAAGGACAAUGAUGCACUUCAGCACAAGUGUUGAACAAUGUUGAAAGUGGAACAAGGGAUAAAUACAAGGACCAGGUUGAAAGCAAUGGCAAGGGUUGUUCUUCCUGGGUGCCAUGAAGGCCCUUUGGUGGGUCCUGCUGGGCCAUGAAAACGGUCUCCUGUGGGGAAUCUGCAGAUCCUUCCCAGGGACCAGCGCAUCAGCCAGGAUGUGGAGAGGUUCUGCAGGCAGCUCAGCUCCAUGGCCGGCAAGCUCGUCAUCUCACCCUUCACACUGGCCUACUACACAUACCAGUGCUUUCACAGGCUGGCUAGGCCCGGUGAGCAUCUUUGGGUAUUUCAUCAUUGGGACGAUGAUUAACAAAGUGUUGAUGAGCCCAAUUGUGUCUAAACUUGUGCAGCAGGAAAAACUGGAGGGAGAUUUCAGGUUCAAGCACAUGCAGAUUCGUGUCAAUGCAGAACCAGCUGCUUUCUACAGGGCUGGGCGAGUGGAGCACAUGCGCACAAACCGGAGGCUGCAGAGCCUGCUGAAGACCCAGAGAGAGCUGAUAGGGAAGGAGCUGUGGCUAUACAUUGGGAUCAACACCUUUGAUUACCUGGGCAGCAUCCUGAGCUAUGUGGUCAUUGCCAUUCCCAUCUUUUCUGGUGUCUACGGCGACCUGAGUCCAACAGAGCUCAGUGCCCUUGUCAGCAAGAAUGCCUUUGUUUCCAUCUACCUCAUUGGCUGCUUCAGCCAGCUCAUAGAUCUCUCCAGCACUGUUACUGACGUAGCUGGCUACACACACAGGAUUGGUGAACUACAGGAGACCUUGCUGAGCCUUGGCAGAAAAGAAAAUGGUAACUACUCAGAAGCCAAAACCAGCUGGGAUUUGGACAGCAGCCAUUCUGGGGAGGACCCAGUGCCAAGGGACACAGCUUUCCUUCUGGAGCGAGUGACACUCUCAGUACCAUCCUCUGGCAAGCUGCUCAUCAAGGACUUGAGCCUCAGGAUCUCACAAGGACAAAGUGUGAUGAUUGUGGGAAACACUGGUACAGGGAAGACCUCUCUCCUGAGGGUCCUCGGAGGGCUCUGGGAGAGCACACGGGGGAGCAUCAGGAUGCUGACCUGCUUUGGCCCCCGAGGAGUGGUGUUCCUACCACAGAGGCCCUUCUUCACUGACGGAAGCCUGCGUGAGCAGGUGAUCUAUCCCCUGAAGGAGAUCUAUCCACUUUCAGGGUCUGCAGAUGAUGAGAGGAUUGUGCGAUUCCUGGAGCUGGCUGGGCUGACUGAUUUGCUGGCAAGGGCUGGAGGACUGGAUGAACAGGUGGACUGGAACUGGUAUGACAUCCUAUCCCCAGGGGAGAUGCAGAGGCUCUCAUUUGCACGGCUCUUCUACCUCCAGCCAAAAUACGCAGUGUUAGAUGAAGCCACCAGCGCCUUGACAGAAGAGGUGGAGCAUGAACUGUACCGUAUGUGCCUUCAGCUGGGCAUGACACUGAUCAGUGUGGGACACAGACCCAGCCUGGAAAAGUUCCACAGCUGGAUUUUGAAACUUCAUGGGGAGGGAAGAUGGGAGCUCACUCGAUGUGAGAAAUUGAAGCGUCUCCCCUCUGAGGAAGGAUACUGAAGAACUUGCCCUUGUCUGGCCAGCCACAGAACCUGCACAUGUGUGGAAGAGCUCUCAGUAGCAGACAUGGAGCUGCCAAGCCAGCAGCUGUGUCAAACAGUGUAAGACCAGUUCUGGAUUUUGCUGAUGGACACAGAGUAUGUCUGAACUCCAGAGUAUGUCUGAACUCAUGGUGUGGAGUUCUGCCAAGAGUAGACACAACCAUGCCACCCUUCUCCCAACCUCCUUCUGCCUCCCUGGCACUCACAAGAGAAAGGAGCUGAGCUCCUAGGCUGCCCUGAGAGAAGAUGCUGCCUCAUGGGUCUUGUAGAAACAACAACCAGAGAAACCUCCACUUUGUCUGGAAUACAUUGGUGUGAGGUUAGAAUGCAACCUCCUUUUCUGCUCUGUGUGCCUUGUGAGGAGCUCUGUCUUGGAUACACAGCUCUGCAGAACAGAUUUAUGUACCUUGUGGCUCUGUCAAGAAUUGUGUUUGCCAGCAGGAGACAAGGGCAUGAGAAUGCCACCACAGGGCAUGUCUCUGCUUUCUUUGUAACACACACUACAGGUGAAAGGAACAUUUUUGUAUUAAAAUCUGGGGCCUGUUUUCAAACUUUUUAUGGAGAAGAAU